CGCAGUGAGGCUGGCUGCGCCGGGAAAGCCCUCCCCGGAGCUUACCUGCGAGGGCGGUCGGGAGGAGUCGGGCGGGAAGGUGGCCCCGGGGCUGGGGUGGAUGGGGUGGGGGCCGGGCAGGCCCUUGGGGAGGGGCCUGGCCCCGGCAGCCUGACUUCCGUGACACGGCCGACUCAGAAAGACAAAGUCCAUUUGGACAGAAGUGGGAGCAGAGCGAGAGGGGCCAUUUUGUGGUCAGAGGAAACGACUGGUCUGGGAGCCGGGUGUGCAGGGUCUAAGGAUAACUCUGGGGCCAGAUGGCCAUGACUGUCACAGAGGACCCUGAGAUUUCUGUACUCUGAGCAAUGUCAGAUGCCACCAAACUUGUCUGAGACCCUUACCCUAGAGGAUGGCCAAGGGGCUCCUGGUGACCUAUGCCCUCUGGGCUGUUGGGGGCCCUGCUGGGCUCCACCACCUGUACCUGGGAAGGGAUAGUCACGCCUUGCUCUGGAUGCUUACCCUGGGGGGUGGUGGGCUGGGCUGGCUUUGGGAGUUCUGGAAGCUUCCAAGCUUUGUAGCUCAGGCCAACAGAGCCCAGGGGCAGAGGCAGAGUCCAGGAGGGAGAACACCUCCUCUGAGUCCCAUGCGCUUUGCUGCCCAGUUGAUAGUGGGCAUCUAUUUUGGCCUCGUCGCUCUGAUUAGCCUUUCCUCCAUGACCAGCUUCUACCUUGUGGGCCUCCCCCUGGCAGUUGGCUUAGGGGUCCUGCUGGUGGCUGCUGUGGGCAAUCAGACCUCAGACUUUAAGAACACUCUAGGGGCAGCGUUUCUCACUUCCCCUAUGUUCUAUGGCCGCCCCAUAGCCAUCCUGCCCAUCAGCUUGGCCGCCAGCAUCACAGCCCAGAAGCACCGCCGCUACAAAGCUUCAGUGGAGGCCGAGACCCUCAGCGUGCGGCUCUACCGGCUGGGCUUGGCUUACUUGGCUUUCACCGGCCCCCUGGCAUACAGCGCCCUCUGCAAUACAGCCGCCACCCUCAGCUAUGUGGCAGAAGCCCUCGGCUCUGUCUUGAGUUGGUUCAGCUUCUUCCCCCUCCUUGGCCGGCUCAUGGAAACUGCCCUCCUUCUGCCUUACCGGAUCUGGAGGCUCCUGGUGGGGGAUCCUGUGUUCGGCAGCAGCUUCUUCCAGGAGUGGGAGAAGCUCUAUGAGUUUGUUCACAGUUUUCAGGAUGAGAAGCGUCAGCUGGCUUACCAGGUUUUGGGCCUCUCAGAAGGGGCGACAAAUGAAGAAAUACAUCAGAGUUACCGGGAGCUAGUGAAGGUCUGGCAUCCUGACCACAACAGGCACCAGAAGGAGGAAGCACAGAGGCACUUCCUGGAGAUCCAGGCUGCAUAUGAAGUCCUGAGUCAGCCUCGAAAGCCCAGGGGAUCCUGGAGGUGAGAAGACGCUUUCACCCGAGGGCAGACUCUCCCACCACAGUUGGGCAGCGUGGCCCAAGUCUAGCUUUGCUCACGUGAAAUAUCCCACCAACGUUAAUCUGUUUGAAGUGCCAAUGAGAAUGCCUUACAGAAGUGAGAAAGAUCAUGGUAGAAGAAUGUAUUUAUGUUCUGAAUUUCUCAGUUCUUAGCUAUUAUUUCUUGACUGUUUUCCCUUAAAACAGAGCGUGAAAGGCACUAUAUGAAAUCAAUAAAAUACAUCACCUUUCCACAUCCCUCGUA